GAGGGCUUGAAGUUGUUCGAGCAAUUGGAAAUCAUGGCAUGGACCUUGCUCUAGUUGUUCACUUGGCUAGGACAUUUGCCAAAAAGUCUUCACUCAGUUGUGCCGACGGCCUGGAGGAAGAAGUGAAGGCCUUUGAAAACCAAGCAACACACUACUGGGAGGCUGUGCUCACCAAGAUUGAAACACACCGCAUCACCUUGAGUCCAGUGACACCAUCAGGCCGCCUGUUCUGCAUGCCAGGUAACUGUGCUGUGAACAGCCUGCAGGAGCUGAGACACAUCAAGCAGGAGGCCCAGAUGUUCCUGGCUGUGGGUGCCAUGAAUGCAGGCUGCCUGGAUGAGGCAGCCAAGAUGUUUUCAGGGCUGACUACUGCACAGGCUGCAUAUUACACAGCACUAGUGAUGGAGAAGAUGGCUGAGUGCGAGUCUCCCCGACGAGGUGCACAGUACGCCUUGCUGCAGAAGGAACGGGCAGCACUGCAGCUUGCCCUGGAGCGUAGCUGCCACGAAUCUGACUGGACCUUGGCUUCCACGGUGUCUGCGCUUUUGGACAACCUACAGGAGCGCAUGAACCACACCAGUUUCACCAGUGGCUGCUCUGACGACAGCGAUGGUGAACUAUCAAGCGGCGGACAGGAUGAUUUCCCACCUCGGUCGGCCCACUCUAACAUUAGUUCUUCACGUUGGCCUCGGAGCAGCACCCCCAAGCCAGAUAGAAGCUUCUAUCCAAGAUGCACACCACCAAAGAAGCUUUCUAUUUCAGAGGCGACCCCUGAGGCGCUGCCACAUCAGCAAAAUGUAGAUGCCACUGUGGAAGCACCUGCCUUUGCCCGACAAAUUUUGGAGCUGCAGCUGCGCUCUGUAUCACUGCACCAGGAGCUGGCAGUGAGCCAGCUUCACCAGAUGCAGGAGGCCAGUCAAAGCAUGAUCAAAGAUCAACUUGACACUCACAGGACUGUCCUGGCUGAAGUCAAGCAACAAAAGACUGUUGUGGAGCACAUCAUGAAAAAAGUUGAUGAGGUGGCUGCAAGGACUGUGCCAGCAGCAGACGCUGCAUCCUGCUCGCAGCGCCAGAAUGAAGGCUCUGAGCCAUCCACUGGCCGUGGCUCAGAUCGUGACUACUCUCACCGUGGGGCACCAGCUUCUGACAGAGCAACACCACGAACUGCAAGAGGCCCGCGCCAUGCUUCAACACCACUCUCUGUCCCAUGCAUGCAAAGCCCUGCAUAUGGAAGCUACCCCAUGCCUUACUUUGGCUAUCCACUUGCAUUUCCACAGUGGGGUCAGCCUCUGUCGUACAAUUUUCCAUCGCAGCCAUUCUUUUCAUCACGUGGCACCACAGCCAUAACAAAUGUGCCAAUUCAAAGCUUUCCUGGCUUGCCGGGACAGUAUUCCUGA